GAUAACGCUGCUUUUCGAGCACACAGACACUGAAGAACGAGAACUUCCGAGGAUAGCAGAAGCUAAUAUGUAGUUCAGAGGUUAAAAUAGAAACUGUGGUGGAACAAAAUGACCAAACUAAGUCAGCAAGUCUUUGUGGUGAUCGCACAUUUUGUUUUCUUUUCUCUGGCUGAUCAUCGGGAUGGCCUCCACAGGCCAGUGGAGGAUGAACCGGAGCAAAGUCGGGGUCUCUGCAGCUAUGGUCAGAUGACUUCCUGCUGUUUUGGAUGGAAGAAUAUUAACAGCAUUUGUGAGCCGGUGUGCAAGAGGUCCUGCAUAAAUGGGAAAUGUGUGGGACCGGACAAGUGUUCAUGCUCCAUGGGAUAUAAAGGACCGCAGUGCAAUGAAGAUGUGAAUGAGUGCGGUUUGCCGGAGAGGCCGUGUUCCCAGCGCUGCAUGAAUACGCACGGUAGCUAUCGCUGUUACUGUGAACCUGGAUACACACUCAGUGCAGAUGGAUACACCUGCACCAGAGAGGCCGCAUGUUCCUCCCUGCACUGCCAGUUUGGUUGCCAGAUGGAGAGAGGGGGAGCGCCGCGCUGUCUGUGUCCCCCCGGCCUCCACCUGGCUGCUGACAACAAGACCUGUGAAGAUGUAAACGAGUGUCAGCAGGAUGUGUGUCCACCACGGCGGACGUGCAAGAACACUUUUGGCAGCUUCGUUUGUGUGUGCAAAGACGGUUUUGUGAUGGGGGCGCUGGAGGGCUCCGUUAAAUGCCGAGAUGAGGAUGAAUGUUUAACCGGGGCUCACCGGUGCAGCCGCCAUGCUCGUUGCUUCAACACCGAUGGUUCCUACACCUGUCUGUGUUUGGAGGGAUUCUUCGGCAACGGACGCACCUGCCAACCCAGGAGAGCCCCGCAGUCCAAGGCUCUCAUGUACUUCAACUACAAACUCAGCAAAAGGACCAGACUCCUGCCACCUGCAUCUUAGCUCAACUUCCUGCAAACUACAUGUGUCAAAUAAAAAAGGGCAUGCAACAUUAAGGAAUGAUUUAAUAAGCAAAAACAACAACAUCAACAACAAAAAAAAC